AUGGCCGAUUCAAGGUUUGAAGCAAUAUUCGACGAGAUGGAUGCCCCAAAACUCCGAGAGCUCUUGAAGAAGUUAUGCAAUCAUGGGAAGUUUUCCGCGGAAGACGCAACAGGCAAAAUUGAGGUUGAUGGCCGCGAUAUCAUUAUCACGAGUGGCUUUGUCGAUCUUACUCAAAGCGAUGAUAGCGAUGAUAGCAAUUUUGAAGACGAGAAAGAAGGCAGCGAAGAGGAAUCGGAAAGCGGCGCAUCGAAUGAAGAGGAUGAGUAUCACGUGCGGAAGUUGUCAAAACAGCAAAUCCGGGAACUUAUCUCGUCGAAGAGGAAAAGAGGCACCAAAUUUAAGUGCGAGAAUUGCGAGGAGGACUUUGAUAUCAAGAGUAACAGGAAAGGAGAUUGUUGGUAUCAUCCAGGAUGGAAAGAGUUGGAUGAUGAGUCCGAUUUCUGGGCUGAUCAUGAUGACAGAAUACACGGCUCUCCUGAGGCCUUUGAAGAUGAUCCAGAUUAUGCUGAUGAGUUUAAAUGGGAUUGCUGCGAUAAACCAGGAAGUGACAAUGGUUGCAAGAAUACCAGGCAUAAAGUGACAGAGGAAUUGUGUAGUGAUAUAUCCGGAAACAUGAGAAGAUGUAAACGAAAGAGAAGUUAG